AUGAGCUCCACAAAAGAAACCAGUAAAAAAGAAGCAUUACCAGCUUCCUUAAUUCCAGAACAACCAAAACCUGUGACAUCAAAAGAUAAAGAUACUAAAAGAUUAAUUGUUGUUUUAAGUGCAGCAUGUUUAGAAACUCAUAAGAUUAGUUCAGGUCAUGGACCAGGUCAAGAUAAAUAUGCUUUGUUGAAUUGUGAUGAUCAUCAAGGUUUAUUGAAAAAAAUGGGACGUGAUAUAUCAGAAGCAAGACCAGAUAUUACACAUCAAUGUCUUUUAACAUUAUUAGAUUCACCAAUAAAUAAAGCAGGUAAAUUACAAGUUUAUAUUCAAACUGCUCGUGGUGUAUUGAUUGAAGUUAAUCCUUCAGUUCGUAUACCUAGAACUUUUAAAAGAUUUUCAGGAUUAAUGGUUCAAUUAUUACAUAAAUUAAGUAUUAGAAGUGUUAAUUCAGAGGAUAAAUUAUUAAAAGUUAUUAAAAAUCCAAUAACGGAUCAUUUACCAAUUAAAUGUAAAAAAAUUACAUUAUCAUUUGAUGCAAAAUUAACAAAAGUUCAAGAUUAUGUUGAAAAAUUAGAUGAAAAUGAAAGUAUUUGUGUAUUUGUUGGUGCAAUGGCAAGAGGUAAAGAUAAUUUUGCAGAUGAAUUUGUUGAUGAAAAAAUUGGUCUUAGUGAUUAUCCAUUAAGUGCAUCAGUUGCAUGUUCUAAAUUUUGUCAUGGAUGUGAAGAUGCAUGGGGGAUUUAUUAG